AUGUUCACCAUCGUCUUCUCGCUCCUCGUUGCCACGUGGCUCUCCCCGGAGUUCGUCGUCGAAGCCGACGUCGGAGCGGAUCUAAAUUGCACCACGUACAACGGCACCGCGUUCGUCUACACCCCGACUGCCACGAUCUGCUCGAACACAAUCAGCGACGCCUCGUGCGCCGUCCUCUAUCCGGCCACAGCCGAUGGCGCCGUGGCCGCCGGCACAUCGAACGGCCGUCCGCUCACUUGCUACACAACCGCGACGGCCACUCCGGCUUCCAUUGUGCAGGACAUGAAGACUGCCGCCAUUGCGGACUGUCCGGCCACUUGCGGAUACUGCUGCGAGACCAGUGCCUACGAUUGUGCCAAUGUUGCUUGUGAGUAGUUCUAGUUUGAGGUCAUUCAACAUCUGACAUUCAGAUCCACGUCUCGACUGUUCCACCAUCACCAGUGCCCAGUGUCUGUCCACCACGUGGCGUACCAUCAUCGCCGAGGACUGUCCGUCUGCCUGCGGACUCUGCGGAUCCAACGGAUGCGUUGACGCCGUCGUCGACUGCGCCAAUGACGUGAGCAUCUGCACAACCGUCGGAAUGCAAGACUUUGUCAACGUGAGUGUCUCAUUUGUGCCGCCCAUCCGAUCUUCUUUUUCCAGACGUACUGCCAGUACACGUGCGGCCGCUGCGCCUCUUCCAGCACCACCGCCUCCUCCGGAUCCUCCUCCUCUUGCACCUCCUACGCCGCCGACUCGAGCUCCUCGUGCACCUCCUGGGCCGCCAACGGAUUCUGCACCAACACCUUCUACACGACGGCGCAGAGAAUUUCCUAUUGUGCGACGACGUGCAAACUCUGCUGA